AUGCCGUCACGGCUGAAUGGUGGCGUCUUCUUGCUGCACAAGACUUUCAUUGUCUUUGAGUCUUGCACCCACACCAGCACCUGGACCUUUGCAACAGGUAUAGCCGGCCAAGCCAAGGUAAUAAUCCCUGCAGUGUAUGAUAUCUUGGGCUGUGGAGCAGGGAGAUCUCGCGGUACAGACGGAAAAUUCCAAGCGGCGCCGAAGAUGCCCCGGACUUGCGCGGCGUUUGUCGCGCGGACCUGCACCGUGCUUGGAAGAAGGGGUGACGGUAGUCACUCCGGAAAGCAAGAGUUCAAAUGUCAAGGGUCCAGCCGCUCGCGAGGCGCUUUCGAUAUGGAGAACUAA